GCGGCGGCUGCAGGGGGCAAGCCGGGCGCAGGAGGGGGCGCGCUUUCUCCCUGCGGGUCUCAGUAAUGAGGAGACUGAGUUUGUGGUGGCUGCUGAGCAGGGUCUGUCUGCUGCUGCCGCCGCCCUGCGCACUGGUGCUAGCCGGGGUGCCCGGCUCCUCCUCGCACCCGCAGCCCUGCCAGAUCCUCAAGCGCAUUGGGCACGCGGUGAGGGUGGGCGCGGUGCACUUGCAGCCCUGGACCACGGCCCCCCGCGUGGCCAGCCGCCCUCGGGACGGCAGCCGGACAGGCGCCCAGCGGGAUGAGCCCUCGCCAGGGACUUGGCGGCCCCCGGCGCCCUCGCCAGGAGGACGCUGGUUGGGGAGCGCCCUGCAUGGCCGGGGGCCGCUGGGCGCCCGGAAGCCCGGGGAGGAUGCCGGGGCCGAGACCCUGUGGCCUCGGGAUGCCCUACUCUUCGCCGUGGACAACCUGAACCGCAUGGAAGGGCUACUGCCCUACAACCUGUCUUUGGAAGUAGUGAUGGCCAUCGAGGCGGGCCUAGGCGAUCUGCCGCUCUUGCCCUUCUCCUCCCCUAGCUCGCCGUGGAGUAGUGACCCUUUCUCCUUUCUGCAGAGCGUGUGCCACACCGUGGUGGUGCAAGGGGUAUCGGCGCUGCUUGCCUUCCCCCAGAGCCAGGGCGAGAUGAUGGAGCUCGACUUGGUCAGCUCCGUCCUGCACAUCCCAGUGAUCAGCAUCGUGCGCCACGAGUUUCCGCGGGAGAGUCAGAAUCCCCUUCACCUACAACUGAGUUUAGAAAAUUCAUUAAGUUCUGAUGCUGAUGUCACUGUCUCAAUCCUGACCAUGAACAACUGGUACAAUUUUAGCUUGUUGCUGUGCCAGGAAGACUGGAACAUCACUGACUUUCUCCUCCUUACCCAGAAUAAUUCCAAGUUCCACCUCGGGUCUAUCAUCAACAUCACCACCGACCUCUCCUCCACCGAGGACCUCUUGAGCUUCCUGCAGGUCCAGCUUGAGAGCAUUAAGAACAGUACACCCACAGUUGUGAUGUUUGGCUGCGACAUGGAAAGUAUCCGGCGAAUUUUCGAAAUUACCACCCAGUUUGGGCUAACGCCCCCUGAGCUUCACUGGGUGCUGGGGGAUUCCCAGAAUGUUGAGGAACUAAGGACAGAAGGUCUGCCCUUAGGGCUCAUUGCUCAUGGAAAAACAACACAGUCUGUCUUUGAAUACUAUGUACAAGAUGCCAUGGAACUGGUCGCAAGAGCUGUAGCUACAGCCACCAUGAUCCAGCCAGAACUUGCUCUCAUUCCCAGCACAAUGAACUGCAUGGAUGUGGAAGCUGCAAAUCUCACUUCAGGACAAUAUUUAUCAAGGUUUCUAGCCAACACCACAUUCAGAGGCCUCAGUGGUUCCAUCAGUGUAAAAGGUUCCUCCAUCAUCAGCUCAGAAAACAACUUUUUCAUCUGGAAUCUGCAACAUGACCCCCUGGGAAAGCCAAUGUGGACCCGCUUGGGCAGCUGGCAGGGGGGAAAGAUUGUCAUGGACUAUGGAAUAUGGCCAGAGCAGGCCCAGAGGCACAAAACCCACUUCCAACACCCAAGUAAGCUACACUUGAGAGUGGUUACCCUGAUCGAGCAUCCAUUUGUCUUCACCCGGAAGGUAGAUGAUGAAGGCCUGUGCCCUGCUGGCCAGCUCUGUCUAGACCCCAUGACUAAUGACUCUUCCAUAUUAGACAGCCUUUUUAGCAGCCUCCAUAGCAGUAAUGAUACAGUGCCCCUCAAAUUCAAGAAAUGCUGCUAUGGAUAUUGCAUUGAUCUGCUGGAAAAGCUAGCAGAAGACAUGAACUUUGACUUUGACCUCUAUAUUGUUGGGGAUGGCAAGUAUGGAGCCUGGAAAAAUGGGCACUGGACUGGGCUGGUGGGUGAUCUCCUGAGUGGGUCAGCCCACAUGGCAGUCACUUCCUUCAGCAUCAAUACUGCACGAAGCCAGGUGAUAGAUUUCACCAGUCCUUUCUUCUCCACCAGCUUGAGCAUCUUAGUGAGGACCCGAGACACAGCAGCUCCCAUUGGAGCCUUCAUGUGGCCACUUCACUGGACCAUGUGGCUGGGAAUUUUUGUGGCUCUGCACAUCACUGCCAUCUUCCUCACUUUAUAUGAAUGGAAGAGCCCCUUUGGUAUGACUCCCAAGGGGCGGAAUAGAAGUAAAGUCUUCUCCUUCUCUUCAGCCUUGAAUGUCUGUUAUGCCCUCUUGUUUGGUAGAACAGUAGCCAUCAAACCCCCAAAAUGCUGGACUGGAAGGUUUCUAAUGAACCUUUGGGCCAUUUUCUGUAUGUUUUGCCUUUCUACAUACACGGCGAACUUGGCAGCUGUUAUGGUAGGUGAGAAGAUCUACGAAGAGCUUUCUGGAAUACAUGACCCAAAGCUACAUCAUCCCUCCCAAGGCUUCCGCUUUGGAACUGUCCGGGAAAGCAGUGCUGAAGAUUAUGUGAGGCAAAGCUUCCCAGAGAUGCAUGAGUAUAUGAGAAGGUACAAUGUACCAGCCACCCCCGACGGAGUAGAGUAUCUGAAGAAUGAUCCAGAGAAACUAGAUGCCUUCAUCAUGGACAAAGCCCUUCUGGAUUAUGAAGUGUCAGUGGAUGCUGACUGCAAACUUCUAACUGUGGGGAAGCCAUUUGCCAUAGAAGGAUACGGCAUUGGUCUCCCACCCGGCUCUCCACUGACCUCCAAUAUCUCUGAGCUAAUUAGUCAAUACAAGUCACAUGGGUUUAUGGAUGUGCUGCAUGACAAGUGGUACAAGGUGGUUCCCUGUGGCAAAAGAAGUUUCGCUGUCACUGAGACUUUGCAGAUGGGCAUCCAACACUUCUCUGGACUCUUUGUGCUGCUGUGCAUCGGGUUUGGUCUGUCCAUCUUGACAAUCAUUGGUGAGCACAUCGUGUACAGGCUGCUGCUACCACGAAUCAGGAACAAAUCUAAGCUGCAGUACUGGCUCCACACCAGUCAGCGAUUGCAUCGAGCACUAAACACAUCAUUUGUGGAAGAAAGGCAGCAGCGUUUCAAGACUAAACGUGUGGAAAAGAGGUCCAACGUGGGACCCCGUCAGCUCACCGUGUGGAAUACUUCCAAUUUGAGCCAUGACGACCGACGAAAAUACAUCUUGAGUGAUGAGGGACGACAAAACCAGUUGGGCCUCCGGACCCGCCAGGACAUCCCUUUGCCUCCAAGGAGAAGAGAGCUCCCAGCCUCGCUGACCACCAAUGGGAGAGCAGACUCCCUGAACGGAGCUCGGAACUCAGUGAUGCAGGAGCUCUCGGAGCUCGAGAAGCAGAUUCAGGUGAUCCGCCAGGAGCUGCAGCUGGCGGUGAGCAGGAAAACGGAGCUAGAAGAGUACCAAAGGACAAAUCGGACUUGCGAGUCCUAG